UAAGAUGGAUGGGUCUCCAGUAAACUGCUGCUGCUAGCAAAUGGGGAGAUGAGAAAGGACUUGAUGAUUGCUGGUAUGGCCAGGGAACAGACAACAAGGCAAUACUGUUAGAAAGCAAGAGAAGCCAUGCAGCUGAGGAGAGAACAAAGAUGGAUGGCAUAUCAUACUCUAACCCUGAAAAGCAAGGUUAUCAUGUGUCCUGUGAUCUAGGGUGGUCCUUUCACAGGGCUCUUGGCCUUCUGCUUCGUAUUUGGAAUAUGAUUUCACCAAACAAGGAAGCUGAUGGAGUUUUUAAUGUACGCAAUGAAUUUGCGUCUGUUGGGAUUUUCAUGAAGGAAUUUGGCUGUGUCUUGGAAUUCUUUUUUUCACUCAAACCACUCAGUUGUUUGGUUUUUUUUUAACUCCAGUUUAAAGAGUUUGCAAUGAAAAUGUGUAAUUAAUAAAUGAGUUCAUGGCGAUCCCAAGCUUUUCUGCAGAUCACUAAACUAAGCAUUAUAUUAAAGGGGUUUGAUAGCAAAUCGAUGACAAUCCACCCAAUCAUGUGUUUGAUCCUGGCCAACUAAAUAAAAGGGUCAUGGGGAAUUCUUAUGCUGGGCAGCUGAAAUCUGCCCGUUUUGAGGAAGCUCUUCACAAUUCAAUAGAAGCCUCCCUUCGGUGCAGCAAUGUUGUGCCACGGCCAGUCUUCUCACAGCUCUACCUGAAUGCUGACAGCUCAACAUUCUCUCCAGAAGAUGUUGAUGUAAAGCCUAAGGUGGAGGAGUUGGACAAGGAUCUAUUGCACCGGUAUACUCAGAAUGACAGUUUGGAUUUUUCUACUAGCCAGCCUGUUUCUGAACUGGAGGAGGAUGAUGAGGACGAUGAGAUGACAGAUUCAAACAGUCCUCCUCUACCGUAUGCCCAAAAACCAGCACCAGAAGGAUCUUGCACUAUAGAUGGUUUCUGCCAGGCAGGAAAAGACUUGCGGUUAGUGACACUUUGCACAGAACAGUUUGACGUUCCAGCAGGAUUCCUUUUAGUUGGAGCAAAGACUCCCAGCCUUCCAGACCACAUUCUCGUCUGUGCUGUUGACAAAAGAUUUUUGCCUGAUGACGAUGGAAAAAAUGCACUUUUAGGGUUCUCUGGGAAUUGUGUUGGCUGCGGAGAGAGAGGUUUCCGAUACUUCACAGAGUUCUCCAACCACAUAAAUCUAAAGCUCACAACCCAGCCUAAAAAGCAAAAGCACUUAAAGUAUUAUCUUGUUACCAAAUCACAAGGAGUCUUGUCCAAAGGUCCCCUCAUCUGCUGGAAAGAAACUCGAAGUCGCCAAUAUCCGCCUGUAAUUCCACCACCCAAACCACUCACAUCUGUAUCCACAAUCCCAGUUUUGGAAAAUGGAAAUUGCUAUGGAUACAAACCAAGUUUUUCUCAUUCAGAUCUACAGUCUUUCCCCUCUGCCAAAGUGCCCCCUGCAGUUCAUUCAAGUACCCCUCAGGAUCUUUCACGGAACAAGGGAAUUGUGAAACCACUAGCCCUGCCUGUGCAAAUCGUAGGGAAGAUAUUUCCUGCACCUCCUCCUUCCAUUCAAGCUCCGGAGAUCUCCAAUGGAAUUCAGGGUGGAAGCAGAGCAACUGUAUUAAAUUCUGCACCUUCUCAGCCAACCCCUCAUUCAACUUCUCCAAGUCCUGGUUUUGUUGCUGGAGAUCAUGCAAUGAUUUCAUUUUCUGGCCCACCAAAGAAAAGACACAGAGGAUGGCCUCCAGGAUCUCCAGUGCUAGCGCCAGUGUUAACAGCCGCACCAACUGCCCGGCAGGUCACACAAACUGGCACUUUGCCACAACCAGUUUUGGGAGGAGUUUUUCAGCCUCAGCCGAUUCCGGCUGGUGAAACUGUGAUUGUUCCAGAAAAUCUAUUGAAUAAUUCUGGCAUCCGACCUGUCAUCUUAAUAGGUUAUGGGGCUUUACCAUACUUCUAUGGGAACGUGGGGGACCUUGUUGUUAGCCCAUUACUAGUGAACUGCUAUAAGUUGCAAGAACUCGAGAAGAAGGAGCUGGACCUGAUGGGAAUGUCUAGUUGGCAGUUCCUGAGCGUGGAGAACAUGAUUCUACUGACGAUACAGUACCUUGUGCGACUAGGUCCUGAUCAAAUACCAAUCCGUGAAGUCUUUGAGCAGAUCGUGCUGAGAGCUCUGCAGGAUUUCAAUUAUAAAGACCGCUCCUCUCAGACGUCCUCUGCAGCCUUUCAGGUUUCACAGGCUCAGUUACCGUGGCUUGCCCGGCUGUCAGCCAGUGUUUCUCAAGACUUGGUCCAUGUGCUCAUUACCCAGAAUUCCCUGGCAGAAGGCAUUUCUGAGACCCUAAGAUCUCUCAGUGAGAUGAAACAACAGCAGAAACUCCCUGACUAUGUAGUAGCAAUUUGUUCUUCAAAGGUGCGGGGCAAUGAAUUCUGCGUGUUAGCACUGGGCAAGUACCAGUCACGAGUUCUUGCAGAGAGCAUGCUGACCACUAGUGAGUUUCUGAAGGAGAUCAGCUAUGAACUUAUCACUGGCAAAGUCAACUUCCUGGCUUCUCAUUUCAAGAGCACAUCUCUAGGUGAUGAUUUAGACAAGUUACUGGAGAGAAUACAACAGAAAAGAGCAGACCAUGUAGUGGUCCCUUUUAACGGGGAUGUGAAAGAAUGUGUUUCAUCUCAGGAAGCAGGAAGCAUGACCCCCACCCAAGGGAGAGGUUGGGAUUCAGAAGGUUUCCACAUAUAUCAGUCUCAGCUAUUGAUAGCGCGAAAACUUUUGUCCCAAGUGUGUGCAAUUGCAGACAGCGGAAGCCAGAGCCUUGAUUUGGGGCGAUUCAGCAAAGUUGACUUUAUGAUUGUGGUCCCUCGUUCGGAAGUCUUAUUACAGCAGACCAUCUGGAGGAUUAGACUGUCAGGGGUUCUAUCAGACCUGGGCCUAGAAGAAACAACAACAACGCAUCAGAAAGCAGAUAAAUAUGUGCUCAGGCUUGAUGGGGAAGUUCAUGCCAAAUUUGAUGCCUUCAUGAAGAGGGUGAAACAAAACCCAUACACUUUGUUUGUCCUUGUACACGACAAUUGUCAUGUGGAUGUAACAAGUUGUACUUCUGGAACCCUUCCCCAUGGAGAACCUGCUGUUUCCUUGUCUGACCGCAUCAUCAAUAGCCGAGAAGUGCAAGAAUCCCAGAACCUCAUUGUGCUCCAAGUCAGCUCUUUCCCAUAUGCCUUACAAACCCAACAGUCCAAAAUCAGCCCUUGUAAUGAGGUUCACUGGAUUCAAGCUGACACUGCUGAGGAAGUAACCAGUGAACAAAAGCUUUACUUUGGGAUUAAUGAAUACAGCAAAUCUCUUCAGUGGGGGAUUACCAGUCCUCUUCUGCGCAGUGAUGAGACAUUUGAAAAGAUGGUCAACACCCUCUUAGAAAGGUACCCCAGACUUCACAGCAUGGUGAUACGAUGCUACCUCCUUAUCCAGCAGUAUUCCGAAGCACUGAUGGCCCUUACAACCAUGGCAUCACUGAGAGAUCAUAUCACACCAGAGACACUAAGUAUCAUGGAUGACUUCCUCAGCUCUCCAGCAAAGGACAAGAGUGGAAGAGGACACAUGCUCAUAAUCCGAGUCCCUUCCGUGCAACUGGCCAUGUUGGCAAAGGAAAGGCUUCAGGAAGUGAGAGACAAGCUUGGCUUGCAAUAUCGCUUUGAAGUCAUCCUUGGGAACCCUGCGUCAGAGCUCAUUAUUUCCAAGCACUUUGUGACUCGAUUAAAGUUUUGGAGAGGAUACGAUCAAGAAGAAUGGUUUCCAAGAACCUUUUUGGAUCUUGAAGGACUCCCUUGCAUUGUAAUUGUUGCUGGCAAAGAUCCUUUUGGAGAAACAUUCCCAAGAUCUCUAAAAUAUUGUGACCUUAGGCUUAUUGAUUCAAGCUUUUUAACUCGGACGGCCUUAGAACAAGAAGUAGGUUUGGCUUGCUGCUAUGUCUCUAAAGAGGUUGUAAGAGAACCCAUGACUGUUCUGGACCUCAGUGAAAAGGAAGCAGACAAGGGCAAUACCAGUGGGAAUGACUCUGAUGAACUCUAUAUCGAUCUGGAUCGACCCCAGAGUAACAGCAGUGCCGUGACUGGAACUUCAGGUUCCAUUGCUGAGAAUGGGGUCAGCUCAUCAAGUGCUGCAGAUGAUUCUCAGCGGCAACCGCUGGCCUUUAACUUCCAGAAUGUGGCAAACAGCACUGUGGAUGAAGGCACAUAUCCAAAUUCCACUGCCAGUGAUCUUGGCAAGCCUGAGUGUGACUCACUGGGAAGCCAAAUGGCUAGUAGCACUACUAAAUUAUCCCCACCAUCGUCCCAGACUUUUAAAUGGAAUGACCAAUCAGGAAGAGAGACUUUGCAUCUAGCCCUGCCUCGUAUUGUCAUCCUCUCCAAGGCCACCUAUAACCUUCUUGAUACACAAAAAAGUGGCCGCACACCUACUACAAUUUCUCUUUUGCCUCAUGCCGAUGUUUCUUGGCUGAGAACGAUAAGGCCUCCAAUUUCCAAUGAUUUGAGUACUGAAGACCAAUCGUUGUACUACAGGCAAUGGACAACAGCAAAGCAGCACCAUGCGGAUUCUACUAACACCAGUGAGCCUAAUGGAUUGAGCACUGCCCACCCGCGACGUCUGCUUUUAACUGGACCUCCACAGGUGGGAAAAACUGGUGCCUACUUACAGUUCCUCCGAAUCCUUUACCGCAUGCUUAUUCGCCUUCUGGAGGUGGAUGUCUAUGACGAGCAGGAAAUAAAUGCAGUUGAGGAGAGUGAGAUAGAUGAAGUCUCGCCGCCUGACUUCAGCCAAUGGCCUGACAUUGAAGUCUUUAGCAAAAUGCAGUUUGAUGUGACUGUGCAUGAUCCAAAGUAUCGACACAUCAGCCCGCUGUAUACAGAGCGCAACUCCCACGGGAAACCAGACUCCAAAGUUGAAAUCAAGCUUGAGGAACCAAGGCAAAGGGAGACUGUUUCAAUGAUGUUGACUAAAUAUGCAGCUUACAAUACAUUUCAUCACUGUGAGCAGUGCCAUCAGUAUAUGGAUGUCAGUUCUGCAUCACAGAUUCCAGAAUCCACUUUGCACGCUUUUACUUUCUCAUCAUCCAUGCUGGGAGAAGAGGUCCAGCUUCACUUUAUCAUCCCUAAAUCUAAAGAACACCAUUUUGUCUUCAGCAAACAAGGAAAACAUUUGGAGAGCAUGCGCCUUCCCUUGGUGACUGAUAAACAAAACCCAAACAUGGUGAAGAGCCCGAUUUUUACACCUUCUAGUGGCCGCCAUGAACACGGACUGCUAAAUCUAUACCAUGCUAUGGAAGGCAUUGGCCAUCUGCACAUCAUGGUCGUCAAAGAAUAUGAAAUGCCACUAUACCGGAAAUAUUGGUCCAACCACAUCAUGCUGGUGCUGCCCGGGAUGUUUAACAAUGCUGGAGCAGGUGCUUCAAGAUUCCUAAUUAAAGAGUUGUCGUACCAUAACUUAGAGCUGGAGCGUAACCGCCUGGAGGAACUGGGAGUCAAGCGCCAGUGUGUGUGGCCCCUCAUUUCCAUAAUGGAUGACUCCUGUGUUCUGUGGAAUCUACAUAGUAAGGUUCCUGAGCAGAUGAGCACUUCUUUGGAAACAGAGCGCAUGGUUAGGAACGUGUCCCUGAAAUAUGUCUUGCAACACAUGGAGGGGACACCAAAGAUCACCAAUUAUGCCAUGCUGGGGUUACAGAAGUGGAACAGCAAGCUGAAUUCAACUUUGACAAAGUGCCCGUUCUCUAGGUGCCACGUUCAUGAUUUUAUCCUUCUCAAUGUAGACCUAACGCAGAACGUUCAGUAUGAUCUGAACAGGUAUUUUUGUGAGGACGUUGACUUUAAUUUGAGAGUAAACAGUGGGGGACUCCUGAUCUGUCGGUUCAACAACUUCAGCCUAAUGAAGAAACACAUACAAGUUGGAGGGCACAAGGAUUUUAUUAUCAAGCCAAAAAUAAUGAUAACAGAAAGCCUGGCUCCCAUCUCCCCAAUGCAGUAUGUGUGCGCCCCAGAUAGUGAACAGACUCUUCUCGCUGCUCCUGCCCAGUUCCUGCUGGAAAAGUUUCUUCAGCACAGCUCUCAUCGACUUUUCCCAAAGUCUCUUAACAACCUAAGGAACCCCUUACUUGCUGUGGACUGUUAUUUGAAUUUAGGACCUGAGGUGACGCUGUGCUAUGUGAGUUCCAGGCCGCACUCAGUGAAUGUCAGCUGCGAGGGUGUGGCAUUUAGUGGAUUACUGCUCUACUUGUGCGACUCCUUUGUCUGUGCAGGGAUGCUGAAAAAAUACAAAUUCCUUAAAGGUGCGACACUUUGUGUAAUCUGCCAAGACAGAAGUUCCCUCCGACAAACCAUUGUGCGCUUGGAGCUGGAGGAUGAAUGGCAGUUUCGGCUACGGGAUGAGUUUCAGACGGCCAAUAGCAGUGACGACAAACCACUGUAUUUCUUGACAGGACGCCACAUCUGAGUUUGGGAAUAGACUGCUGUGGAAGUGGUGAUAGGGACUUUAGCCAUCACCACAGAGCAAGUGCAAAUAAAUCUGUGUAGCGUUGUUCUAAUGCUACAAACAUUCCUCGCUCACAUAAAGAGGACUUCCUUGUGGAGCCAAAAUUCAUUUACUUGGGAUCACUCAGAAAUUGUGUCCCUUUGUUACCUCAGUUGGCUUGGAUGAGCCCCCUCAUACGGAAUUCUAAUUCACCAAAAAUGACCUUGUAGGAUGCAGAUAGUCCAUUGCAUUACUUCUCAGGGCUUCACAAUUACCCCUUUUUUGAAUAACCGGGCAAGAUUGGUUCUCAUUCUUCUUGGCAUUGGCCAUUGUCCAUUGGUUUUUACAGUUCCCUGUAAGCAGCAACUUUCCUCUGCUCCAUGAAAUACUCACUGAUAUCAAUGGCACCUCUUCUUCUCUAUAACUUUGUGUUCCACUUUACAAACUGCACCGCUGUUUCUCAUAUUAUUACACCAAUAGUUUUGGGUGUUCACCACUUAUGAACAAGAAAUGGGUUCAUUCUGAAAUGCCACGUUGCCUUCUAGGAGAGCGAUUCACCCACACACAGGAACAAAAGAGAUUUAGGGAUCACCUUUCUCAAAACAGGUGGAAGAAUUGUCUUUUGUGUCAUUUUGUUUGUCUUCAAACCGAUAUAUCCUAAAGCUUUUUUGAUUAAAACAUGGCUGCUGAGAUUUCUUGCAUAAGUUGUCCCAGUUGCAGGAUGACUUUGUCACUUGCAGUCUCACCACUUAGUUUCCUUCACAUAAGCUUCAGUAACGCAAUAUAACAUUAUGUUAUAGAAACAUCACUAAUUGUGGUAAUGGAACAAAAUUGAAAUGUAGCAUCUCCCAAGAACAGGGCAUCAUUUUCAGAGCUUUUGAAGGUGUUUCCUGGUUAAGCGAUUCUAUUAAAUUCCAUCUUGGUAGCCCUUAGCUAGUUUUGUGUUCAGACUCCCAGCAUAUUAGUUUGUUGCCUAAUUGCCUUUGUGGGAGGGGGUGACCCAAGUUUGGAUCGUGAAUAGUAAGAGGAACCUAUAGAAAUGCACAGCAGGUCGGACUGAGUUCCAAUAUUUCCAUUUUUCUCUCUGUUCCAGUUUGGUUCCUGCGUAGAAGUAAUAAUGUUAAUGUCUUAAGUGUUUACAGAUAUAGAACAAAAUAUUUAAUAUAUUAGAAAACAGACUCCUUGCUAAUGUGUAAUAUACAGUGAUUUGUUUGGCACAUUUUAAAUGAAAUAUUUUAGAGCAAUUUUUAUUUUUUUUUAAAAUCUUUCUUCAUAUGAAAUAGCUUUGAAUUCUCUUUAAUGUAUUGCUGGCUUAGAAUGGGAUAAACUGGGGCCCCCAUCCAGUAAUGGACUUGACUUCUAACUUGGGCUUGGUCAAACAUAGCUGUUAUAAAUGUCCAUGAUUCUGUCUGCUUGUGACUCAUGGGUGUAAUUAAGAGCUGCUAAAAAACUCCAGUUUCCCUUAAUUUGUAAAGGCUAACCUAUAAAGCUAAGGCUGUUGCUGAACUACAACAGCAAUAUUGGCUGUUGGACAAUAAAAGGUUUUUUAAUUAAAGGAAAAGUAACACCAAAAAAUGGAAGUGUUAUAAAGGAAAGCCAAUUUAAUGUACUGGUGCUCUGCACUGGCAAUACUGGUCUGUUGGAUUCAGAAACUCCAUUAUAAUAGAGUUUCUGAAUCCAACACACCAGUUUUACCAGUGCAGCACAACAGUGCAUUAUAUUUUAAUUACAAUUUUUUGGUGCUACUGUUCCUUUAAGUAACUGGGUGUCACAGGUUAGACUUAAUUAGCGAUUUUCACGCAGCAUUUGGAUUCAGCACAAUUUAAGAGCCUGGCCGAACUGAAUCCAACCUUUAAAAACCAUGUGACUUAAGUUCACAUUAUUAGAGGGAUUUCAAUUCAAUUUUAUUUUCUGGGAGCGGACUUUCUUUCCCCCUUUUUGUUCCUUAAUUUGCAGAUUCAAAUUAGAGGUUGGAUUCAGUUCAGGAUUUGAACAAACCCUUCCUGAAAAAUUUGGGGUUCGCCCAAAUCCCAAAAAUAGGGAGUGCAUGCCUAGACUUAAUGGCUUUGGACUGAUUAAUAGGCCCCAACUAUUUGUUCUCAUGAUCUACACUCAUGUGUAGAAAAGACUUGGAAAGCAUCGCCAGUGUGAAUAAAGUCCCUGUUGGUUGGUUGCCAGCUUGCAGAAGCCUUUCUUGGCAGAAGACUCGAGUCUUAAGGUGGCCAUAGACGUAACAAUUACAAUCUUUCUUGGAAAAGAUCUUUCCAAGAAAGAUUUUUCAUUUCAAUACACGUGUAGAGCUGAAUUGUCAGAUAUACAGGUAGAAACAAUAGAAUUCUACCUGUAUCUGACGUUUCAGCACUAACAAUGGGCGAUGUUUGGGUGCUUUCAAAGACACCCGAUCAGAAUUUUUCGUCCAGCCAAUCUACAAGCCGACCGAUAUCCAAGUCUUCUACCGAUAUCGGUCGGCACAUCUCCCGCCAUACAUACACCGAAUAUCGUAUGAAAAUUAGUUUCUUACGAUAAUAUCAGUGCGUCUGGCCACCUAUAUGGCAUCAGCAUUUGCUGAGGCCAAUGGGGAGGAUGGAGGAACAUGUUGCUUCCACCACUGGUUGGGAAUGACUGUGUCUAAAGCAGUAAUUGGCUUUUCAAUUUAUAAACAGCAGCUGGGGCCCCAAAUAUGUUUUUACUCCAGCUCUACAACCGACAUCGAAAAUAGAGUCUGCAGGAUUGAAUUCUUUGUGUUUCAGUUUUGUUCUCCAAUGUUAACUGUAUUGUGUGUGUAUGUAUAUUUCAGUUUGUUAGUGUCCCUACUGCCAAAGGUUCCUGAGGUGGAAUGUGCUUUAUCUUAGACCUGCUGAAGGUGGUCCCAUUUGCACUAAAUACUUUGUUACGUGGAUAGACGUCUCUCCACUUUGUCGUGGAUAGACAUUCUUACCCCAGGAGGAACGUAUUCCAGCAAAAUAGACAAAGCGGCACAUCAACCACGAGUAAACUACUGUUUGUAGUGCGGUCACCUUAGGCCAAAGAAAUCAAUGAAUGUAAUAUAGUUUGUCCUAACGCUAACUUUUUAUUGCCCCAAUGUCUGGCCCCUUUGACCAGAUGGUACAUAACCUGCAUUGCACACUGUUUGUUAAAGCUCAGCGUCAUCUUCAUUUUGCUGAAGUGUAUGGAUUUGCUUUUUGUUUCAAAUAUGCUGCUUUAUGAAUGUACUUUAUUGACCAAAAACAUGGUGAAUUAGUUUCACUAGUCAGUCUACCUCAUGCUUUUUUAUAUUAUAUAUAUAUAUAUUAAUGUGUGAAGAAUGGCAAAAUUUGUUUAUUUUGAAUUGUAUUAAGGUUUGAACUGUAUUAAAGUUAUUAUUGAAAACGU